CGACCUCUCAGUUUACUACAAUCGCAAACCGACGCCGCAUGUCGUUUCGCGAGUUGUUGUGCCCGUGUGUAUGGUGCUAGUGUAAUAACAUAACAGCAAUCUGUUUUGUGCUGUGUUAUUUGUGCUAUUGUGUCGUACUGCCGGAGCGACGGGGCCCACUCACUUGUUGUGAUGCAUUUGAGGAUAUACUUAUGGCUGUCUUGUGUAGUCCUCGCAGGAUAUGUACGAGCGCAAGAGGACGGCGCGUUUUCUUCGUCGACAGAAGAAGCAGCGCACCUCCAAAACGACGGGCCGUCGCCAGGGCGGGACAAUGUGUACAUCGACGAUGAUGGGUCGGGACUAGCGCCCGACGAGAGCUCCGGGUCCGGCUGGGGCGCAGGCCCGGGCCCCGACGACGAGGACGGCCGGGGAGGCUCAGGUGACUCGCCUGACGGGGACUCCGAUGACGAGGACUAUGUGCCACCGACCACAACCGCCGCCCCCACCACCGCCGCCCCCGUGCCGGUCGACCCAUUCAGUAUCAACUCUCUCGAACCGUCCGGCCCGGACGCGUUCAAUCCGGACCAAACGUUCAUACAACCAGAGAGUCCGUUCAUCACCGAUAACCCGGAUACCGACCUUUCGCCACUCCCAACAAACUUCGAUAUAGUUAUUCCUCGUAUUUUGAAACCGAGCGAAGGGGUACCCGACGCAGCCGGCGGAGGCGCGAGGGAGGACUUGCCCUCGCGCCCUGAGACUGACAUAAGCAUCUCUGGUGAAGAUUUGAACCCAGAUACUGACCACGAGCCAGCAGGUUCGAACGUGAACGCAGAGUCGCGGCCGGCAGACAACGUGGUCUUCAUCAUGAACGCGAAGCCCGAGGACCGCGCCACCAGCUUCUUCGCGCAACCAGGCAUUCUAGCCGCUGUCAUCGGCGGUGCAGUAGUCGGGCUGCUAUGCGCAAUACUAGUAGUGAUGUUCAUAGUGUAUCGUAUGCGUAAGAAGGACGAGGGUUCAUACGCGCUCGACGAGCCGAAGAGGAGCCCCGCCGCCGCCUCUUACGGGAAGGGUCACAACAAUAGAGAGUUCUACGCGUGAGACGAUACAGAACAAGCCAUGCCACGUGUUUACUGAGCGGCUCGCCAGUCCACACUGCGGGAUCCCCACCCCGUGUGCGACCAGCUAACCGUUAUAAUUUUUUAAAUUUCGACAACGUUCCGAUUCACGUAACGUCCGCACAGAUUAUAAAUUCUUUUACUGACGUGGCUAAAUUGUUCUGUAACUUCAAUAUUACCGACAAAAUAAUUUAUUACUUUUGAAUUAUUGACAUAUGCCUGUACGGAUUGUACUGCAAUAUGUACAAACCUGGUACAAAAACCGUGUCUAACCGAAGAGUUUGUAUGGAAUCGCUGAAGAACACUUAAAAUAUUAAAUUAUACUUAUCACUUUGCAGACCAAUUUAAUAGGUAAUGUGGUGUGCUGAUGAUUGUGGUAACAUGAUAAUGAUGUCGAGGUGUGCUGACUCCUUCAUGUUUCGAGACCAAUGUGGUUGAGUGCUGUUUCAUUGGUUGUCAUCACGUCGAUGCUGCAUGAGUCGUAUUUCUUUGUAAAAAUGAAUGUGCCAUCUGCUUUUGACUGUAUAUUGCUGAUUAUUUCUCUUCGCCUAGACUGUAACUAAAUUAAUCUCAAAAUGGUCUAUGGACACGUCCAUAUCUAUUGUUUGACUAUGUAAUAUAAUGAAAUUAUAUUAAAUAUUUAUACAUAUUUAGAUCGUCUCUAAAGAUUUUGAUGUAGAAUUUAUACAAAACAUUACGGACUAUUAAUUGUCUUCAAAAAUGUCAACGAAAAUUCAUUGCUUAUAAUUAUUGUGUCUUUAGGUGUUAGUAUGAUAUCAUUUGUAUCUUUAAAUCGUGUAUCUUUUUUAUGUUCCUUUAGGUGUCGUCAAUUUCUGGUUGGGAAUGCGAAAUUUUGAACUUGUUAACUUUGCUGUCUCCUUCUGGCAAUGCAAUAUUGUCGUUUUGGCUAUGAAUUGAUUAAGGAAUUGACAUACGAGUAAUUGUAUCGUUUAGAAAAUUUAACUGUGUUAUUUUAUCAUCGAUAUUAGUUUUCUUGGGUUUAUCUAGCAUUAGCUAUUUCAUUAUAGUUAUUUUCUUUAUCUAGGUUGUGCAACGAAUCAUUGUUUUAUUCUCUCUUGUCUCUCAUUUCUCUGACAACACUUUUUGUGCCAUCUUCUCUGUUAAUCGUUUGUUUUUUAAUAUUAAGUAAGCUUCCAUUAUUUUUUCUCAGCAGUACGUAAGUUGUACAGUUGCCAGCAAGUCGGCUUGCUAUAAAAUGAUCUUGACCUCUCAAAAUUCAUUGCAGUUAUCAGACUGUGAAAUGAUUUGUUGUCCGACUGUACAUUAUUCCGUUAAUUUAUUAAUGUGGCGUCAAUUAUUUCAGUAAUAUUUGACAAGUCUGAUAAAUCUGUUUUUCGUAACAACACGUCAAAUAUUUUGAAAUCUCAUUUACAUCUUUUGAUUGACGUACGAAUAAUAUAUUUCGAAUUUCAUUUUUAUUUUCAAUUUAGAAUUGAUUACAUAUCCGUAUUUUUGCAUUAAAUUCGUAACGAAUAAAAUUAUACUUGAGAACAAAUUAUUUUCACUUAUAUUUCAAAGAUGAUCAUGUAUAAAUUAAUAAUAUUUAACUCGCACAAUAAGUCUCGUAUAUUGUCGUGAAUUAUACAGGGUGUGCAAAAACAUGAAGAAAUAUAAAAACUUUAGUUUUAGAGCAAUGUCGCCUAAAAGAUUAAUCCUUCAAGCUCCGCGAAUCUAGACACAAUAGAUAAUCAAUUGUUAUGACAUUAAUUAAUGCCGUCUGGGACUCAAUCGGUUAAUACUUAUUCUCGUACCAAUAAAUUUAUUCGCAUAAAAUUUGUAUGGAUCGUAAUUGACAGUUUUCGCGAUUUGAGUGUUGCUCGUAUAGUAACAGUUGCUUUUCUUUAGGUAUCUGGUUACGCAUUUUUAAAACAUGCACUCCGUUUUAAUGGAUACCCUGUAUUAUUAUUACGACAUAAAAUAUUAAUGUACUUUAUUGUAUCUAUUUGAUGUAUGUAAAAAUGUUUGACGAGACAGAUAUCGAAGAUUUCACUGUACUUCGGAAAAUAAACUUGACUUGGAUUUUCUGCGUGAAAACUGCAUUAUGCAUUAUUUUUACUUUUCAUAUUUUGCUAACGUGCAUGAACUAGAUUCACUCAAUGGAUAUUCAUGAUUACGUGUAGGUAUUAUAAAUAAUUUAUUAGCCUGUCAACUUUCUGCCUAAAGUUAAAAAUUAAUUAUACUCAGUUUUUUUUGUUUUGUGAACUUAUUUUGUAGGUACCUAUAGUAAUGAUUGGAUCACAAUUUUUUUCGAAUACCAAAUAAAAGGGUGGAGGAGCAUUGGCCUAUUAUUUUAUCAAACAAAUAGAAUUCGCAAGAACAAAAAUACGUUCUAUUUUUAAUGUUGCCAACAACUUUUUAUUAUUUUAGUUAAGAUAAUAUUGUCUGUAUUCUUAUAAAAUGUUUUAUUCAUAAUGCAGUUUUUCCAAAGAAAUUCCUAGAGUCCCAUAUACAUUCCUAUCGGAUCCAUAUAAAAUUGUAAGUUGUAGCGAGCGACAGCUCAUUAGGGUAAGAUUGUACAUUUUAAUUGUAAAUCUCUUAGACUUUAAUCUGAUAGUUUAUACAGUAAAGUCUUGUAACCAAAUAUGUGUAGUCAGCGGUUGUUUGUUUGUUUUCUCUGUAUUAUUCAAACCAAGUCUGUUUAACAAGAGUUUUUUAUCGUUCAAGUCUCAUAGUUAAGUCUCUGAUAGGUCUUUUCAGUAUGAUGUGCCUAUCCAGGGUCUAAUUCUAGUACACACUCGAAAUAUUCACCUGCAUUUUUCACUCCCACGAGAGGUUGUGUGAUAUAAAUGUAUUUAAAUAUCUGA